GAAGAAACAUGCCAAAGCUGCUAGCAGCAGCGAAAGCGAAGUGGACGAGGACGCGAAACUUCAAGAGCAGAUGCACAAAAAGAAGAGCAAGAAGCGCGACUCCCCCAAGCCCACUCCUGCUGCAGAGGAGGAGGCCGAGAGCAGCAAGAGCGACUCUUCCGACGAAGAAGGCGACCCGUCAAAACUCGUACAUGAGUCCCUUCUGAAAGGCAGCCAGACCAAGAGCCAGUCCCGGCACAGGAAGGCAAAAUACGUCCCCGCAGAAGAGAGCCCGGAGCAGCGCGACGCGCGCACAGUCUUCGUCGGCAAUGUUGCCGUGGACGUCACCAAGUCCAAACCCAUGCAAAAGCAGCUGCAGCGGCACCUCCUCGUAUUCGUCCCCGGCGCGAAGAUCGAGUCCGUCCGCUACCGCUCCGUCGCCUUCAAGAAGCCGACCGCGGAGCUGCCCACGGACGCGACCCCCGGCGGCAAAGCGAAGAAGCCCGCGCGCGAGCACACGCGCGACCGCACCGCGACGUGGCGCGCGGACAACCCGAACGACGACGAGGACGCGGAGCCGCGCAAGGCGUUCCUCAUGCCGAACGAGAAGAAGCGCAUCGCGUUCAUCAAGCACGAGAUCCACGAGCACGUCGACGCUGUGAACGCGUACGUCGUGUUCGCGCACCCGCCUCCACCUGGCAGUCAUCCUGCGAACCUGCCCCCGCCGGCUCCAGUGAUGGACCCGCAUGCGGCUGCGGCGGAGUGCGCGGAGAAGGCGGACGGGAGCAUUUUCGAGGGGCGAACGCUCCGCGUCGAUCUCGUUAAGAAGGAUACGAGUGCGGGCGCGGCAGGAUCGAAACCCGGGACGAUGGUGGGAGACCCUAAGGCGACGAUAUUUGUGGGCAGCCUGGACUUUGCGAGCAAGGAGGAGGACUUGCGUGCGUUCUUCGAGAGCGUCGUGAAGGCGGAGCGGGGCGAGCCUGGGCAGCGCGCCGACGACGAGAGCAGCGGGAGCGACGAAGACGAGGAGGCUGAAGGCGGGGAGCGGCCGCGGACAUGGGUGAAGCGCGUGCGCAUCAUCCGCGACCGCGAUACACAACUCGGGAAGGGGUUCGCGUACGUUCAAUUUGUGGAUCGUCAAUGUGUAGAUGAGAUCAUCGCACUCGAAGCCCCCAAGCUCAAGUUCGCAAAACGCAAGCUCCGCGUCGAGCGCUGCAAAACCCUCCCCGGCGCGCCCAAGCUCAAAUCCGACGUGCCCAUCCGCCCGCCCGCCCGCACCCCCUCCUCGCGCCCCGACCCGCCGCACAUGCACAGCGCGCGGCACGGGCCCGUCCCGCGCGGCAACCCCGAGCUCGGCGCGCAGCUCGCGCACCUGCCAAAGGACGAGCGCAAGCGCGCGAAGGCGACGGACCCGGAGCGUGUCGCGCGGCGGCUCGCGAAGAAGCGUGCGGGGGCGCUGGCGGACAAGGGCGUGAAGUCGUCGCGUGUGGGGGAGAAGGAGAGGGAGCGCGUGAGGAAGCCGAGGCCGGCGGGCGGGAAGGAGAGGGGGGUUGCGAAGGAGCAGCAGAGGCCGAAGAAGAGGGUGAGGAGUGGGAAGGCGAUUGCGAAGAUGAACACGAAGAAAUAGUCGGGAGGGAGAGGAGCGUCGCGUCGAUGUUCGUGCUCAGAGUAUCCAAUGUUGAUUU